AUGAAUUUAGUUCAGAUCAAUGAUCAUCAUCUAGAUGAUAAAAUAUAUGAAAUUAUUGAACCUGUUGAAAAAGUAUUUGGAAUUAAAUUAGACAACGGCUCGUGGAAUGGUUUAAUUGGAAGAAUACAAAGAAAGGAAGCUGAUGUUAGUGCAAUCUCGUUAUACGUGACGUACGACAGAUUUCAAGUAGUAAAAUUAACAGCUUGUGUUAGUGGUAGUAGAGUCCUAUUUGUUGUUUCUAGACCUAAACAACUGUCAAAACUAACAACAAUAAUAAGGCCAUUUUCAUUUGAAGUGAGAAGUGAAAUAAAUCAAGAUAAAUGCACUUCUUCAAGAAUUGUAAUUGGAAUUUGGCUACUGAUGACAACUGUACUUAUAUCAGCAUACAGUGGUGUCCUCUUUUCCUACAUGACUUAUCCUGCUUAUGAAAAAGUACCGACAACAAUUGAAGAACUUUCAAAUGCAGUCAAAAAUCAUGAAUAUUCUUGUGGGACUCUAUCAAUUUCGGCUAUAAAGUCAAUGAUGAUGAAUGCUCCCAAAGGUAUGGUCAGCAUUUUAGGUGAUUACAUAAGAAAGAAUCCAGAUAAGAGCUUUCCCACUAUAAACGAAGGAAUUGAAUAUACCCUACAAUAUAAACAUGCACACAUUUUACCCGAAGGUAUUAUAAAUUUCUUACCGAUCGGACAAAAAGGAGUAUUAGUAAUUUCAGAGGACUCGUUUUUAACGUAUACAACAGUAUUUCCUAUGAAAAAACAAUUUCAAUUUGAAAAAACAUUCAACAAAAGAAUUAGCAGAUUAAGAGAUAAUGGUAUAUACCAAAAAUUGAAGCAGAAUGAUAUGCCUGCAGAAGGAAGUAGCAACAAAGAAACCUAUUAUUCACUUAGUAUCGAAGACAUUAGCAGCGCUUUGAUAUUAUUGUUGUGUGGAUAUAGUAUCUCUGUUAUUAUUCUACUUGUUGAAAAACUAUUAAAAAGAAAAUAA